AUGCGCAAGCUCUACAACGACAUCAUCUACUUCGUGCAGAACCACGUGCGCCCCGUGGCGCCCAGCCCGGCCGCGGCCGCGUUCCUGCAGGGGCUCGGCCUGCAGGCCGCGCGCAAGAAGCCCACCGCCGCCGCCCCCGUGUCGGCCGCGGGGCUCAACCAUUCCGGCGGGAGCACCACGUCCAGCAGCUCGCUCACCAUCGCGGAGGAGCCCUCGCCCCCGCCGCCGCAGCAGGCCGACAAGAGCGGCGGCGGCGGGGAGGCCGGGAGCAGCGGCACCGCGCGGUCUGCCGCCGCCGCUGCGCCGCCUACCAUGCUCUUCGGCGUGCACCUCAGCGCCGCCCCGAGCGGCACGGGCACCAAGAGGCCGGCUUCCCCGGAAGAAGCAGACCAGCCGCCCACGUCGGCUGCUACCAGGAAGCCAAGGCUGACGCUGGAGGGCGCCGACCUAAGCCUGACCGUCGCGGUGCCCUCCGCCGCCUCGUCCCCAGCUAGCACUAGCUAG